AUGUCGUUCGAUGAUUUACACAAGGCAACGGCCAAGGCUUUAACCCAAAAAGUGGAUGACAUAUGUAAAGAAUUUGCAAUUGAUGCUGAUAAAUUGAGUGAAUUGACAGCUUACUUUGUAGAAUCUAUGGAAAAAGGUUUACAGCCAUUGGAUGCGGGCGAAAGUGAGGAGACUGCGAAGGGUUUGCCAAUGAUUCCGUCUUUUGUCACUGGUAAGCCUAAUGGUACUGAGAAAGGUGUCUUACUGGCAGCGGAUCUUGGUGGUACUAAUUUCAGAGUUUGUUCCGUUGACUUGAGUGGUGAUCACACUUUUUCAUUGCAACAGAUGAAGUCCAAGAUUCCUGAAGAAUUGCUCGAGGAUGAUAGUGUUACCAGUCAAGAGCUAUUUGGCUAUUUGGCUCGUCGUACCGUUGCAUUUAUGAAGAAAUACCAUCCGGAACUGCUGGAAGAACAUGCUAAGGAUACAGCUAAACCUCUGAAAAUGGGAUUCACCUUUUCUUAUCCAAUUGACCAGAAGUCUCUGGGCUCUGGUACUUUGAUCAGAUGGACCAAAGGUUUUAAGAUCAAGGAUACUAUUGGGAAGGAUGUUGUGCAAUUGUAUCAGGAACAACUGAACGCUUCAAACCUUGGUAUGAUUAACGUCGUGGCAUUAACCAACGAUACAGUCGGUACAUUUCUUUCCCACUGCUACUCUUCUGGGACUGCCGAUUCUCUAUCCUCUGGUGAGAUCUCGGAGCCCGUCAUUGGAUGUAUCUUUGGUACGGGUACCAAUGGUUGUUAUAUGGAAGAGAUUAAGAAUAUCGUUAAGUUACCUGAAGAAACCAGGGCAAAGCUACUACAAGAGGGUAAGACUCAUAUGGUGAUCAACACCGAGUGGGGCUCCUUUGAUAAUGAAUUGAAACACCUUCCUACCUCGAAGUACGAUAUUGAGAUUGACCAAAAACUGUCUGCUAACCCAGGGUUUCACCUUUUCGAGAAGCGUGUCUCUGGUAUGUUCCUCGGUGAACUGCUAAGAAACAUGCUAGUUGAUUUGCACGCGAAAGGUUUAAUUCUCAAUCAAUAUCGUUCAUAUGCACAAUUACCCCAUCGUUUGAGGGUCCCAUUCGAGCUCUCAAGUGAAGUGCUUUCACAUAUCGAGAUCGAUGAUUCCACAGGUCUACGUGAAACGGAAUUGUCCUUGUUGCAAAGUCUAAGAUUACCUACUACUCCAACUGAACGUGUUGAGAUUCAAAAGUUGGUUCGUGCUAUCUCUCGUAGAUCUGCGUAUCUGGCUGCUGUUCCAAUCGCCGCAAUCUUGACUAAGACAGGCGCUUUGAACAAGAGAUACCAUGGUGAAGUAGAAGUAGGCUGUGACGGUUCAGUGGUCGAAUACUACCCAGGUUUCAGGUCAAUGCUGAGACAUGCCCUAUCUUUGAGUCCGAUCGGCUCAGAUGGUGAGCGUAAAGUUCAUCUGCGUAUUGCCAAGGAUGGCUCAGGGGUGGGGGCCGCCCUUUGUGCACUGGUCGCUUGA